GAUUUACGCAAUAUUCUAUAAAAUAUUCCAAUAUUACUUAUACGGAAACAUCCGCUCCAUCUAAUCUUACAGGAGCACAACCGCGCAUUAUAGAUCUUGGGCAUUAUGGAGAUAAAUCGGGUGUAGCAGUUAUUCGCGUAGCUCGGGAGAAUUAUAUCGUUGGCACUAAGAGAUGCUUAGAGCAGAGGCUAUUACUUCGUGUUAUUCAAGAAGACGGAAGUGUUAUACCGAUAAAUUUUGAUAAUAUCGAGGAAAUACAAGAUAUUAAUUUUUGCUAUGUUUAUGGCAAAAAUCCUAUACAAAUAUACCCAUUGUUUGAUCAAUACAUUUUAGUAACAUAUACUCAUGCGACAAAUACCUCUGAUCCUACAACUUUUGUGGACAGAGGUGUAGUUUUAGAUUGGAGCGGAAACAAUAUAAG